CGCUCCACGCGCGUCACAUCCAUAUCAGUUUGAGAAAAGCCGAACGCACGCGACAAGCAAAAACUACCGCUUUGCUUUUCACGGGUAGGACAGGACUGAAGGGUCUCCACUCAGGGAUGGCUCCACCGAUAGAUGAUGUCAUUCGUCUGUGCUGUGAAUUAUCAGCUCACGAUCAGAUCAAGGUGGCCGUGAAAAACUCCACCAAAGGAGCCGUGGUGGCAGGAGGAACUGCCUUCGUAGGCGGGUUACUUGGUGGACCUCCAGGUAUUGCUGUUGGGGGGGCAGUAGGCGGUCUGCUGGGCAGCUGGCUGACCAGCGGCCAGUUCCGGCCUCUGCCUCAGAUCCUGAUGGAGAUGCCCCCCGCCGAGCAACAGAAGCUCUACAACCACAUCCAGACCGUCCUGGGGAACCUGAACUGGAUGGACGCGGCCCAGCUCAUCGCCCUGGUGAUGGGCAACGCCACUCUGCAGCAGCAGGUCACUGCCGCACUGGUCAACUACAUCACACAGGAACUCAAAGCAGAGGUGCGCUAUCAAGACUGAGUUCUAGUUCCACACAGACUUUUUUUUUUUAGGAUGGUCAGGCCUG